AUGGGGAAUACGUCUUUGCAACCACCUCCACAACAUCAGACACCCACUGAGUUCCCUCUACAAAACCAUGUUAAUGAAGAACGUACACCUGAAACUGAUCAUGAUAGCAACACACAAUUUGAUGAGAGCGAAGAGGAAAACGUACCAGAGACGCCGCAGUAUCCUCCAUCAGUUCCCAGACUGGAAUCCAACCAGGUCGCUGCACGAGCGACUCGUGUUUGGUCUAUUGCGGAAGAUGAAGCUCUUAUUGGGUUGUACUUGGAGAUCAGCAAGGAUGCUAUUAAAGGUACGAACCAGAAAGUAACUGCCCUAUCGCGCAAUGUACACGCAGCAUAUGAAAUGGCUCAUGCGGAGAAGCCGCAUAUACUUCCGCCAAGGCCUAUGAAGAGGAUCGGAGGGAGUGGUUACAACGAAGCUGACCGUAUAAAAAGUGCGUUGAAGCUUUUUCAUCUCGUCCAAGGUCGCAAUUUCACUUAUCCUCACGCAGUUGAAAUGCUUAAUAAAGAUCCAGAGUGGAGGCCAAAGCUGAGAUGGUCCUUGUCAAAGAAGGAAAGAAAAGCUGCUUGUGAUGUUGAGGAGCAAGGUAGUGCUGGAAGUGGGAAGAGGUCUAGAGAUGAUGUAGGGGAUGAAACCCCUACGGAUGGUUUAUCAUUUGGAGGAAUACAACGACCUGAUGGUGUAAAGAAAGCAAAGGCCAAGCGUAAAGGGAAAGCAGUAGCUACAAAAAGUGGUUCGUCUGACCUUGGCGAAUGA